AUGCUAAGUAUUAUGAGGGUGAUCUUGUCAUGGAUUGUGUUGCUUGUGGCAUUGGCAUCAAGUGCAGUUCGAGGAGACGAUGGAUUUUUGACAGAGCCGCCAGAUUACAUUAAAGAGUGUAGGAUAGCGGAGAAGGAUUUUGUGAACUGCUCAACCCACAGCAUCCAGCAGCUCUUCGACAAGCUCAACGACGGAAUACCCGGGCUGACGAGCAUCAAGAGCUUCGAUCCCUUUUUCCUGCAUCGUAUCCGGAUCUCCCAGGGCAACAGCAAUGCGAUCAACCUCAAAGUGGAGUUGGCCAACGUUAAAAUUACUGGAUUCGGACACACGAACGUAUUAGAGAGCCAGGUCUUUAAGAAGGACUACAGCUGGAAGACCAUUUUCACCCUGCCUCAGAUGAAGCUCCAAGGAAACUACAGCCUCUUUGGCCGUAUCCUUCUCAUUCCGCUGAACGGGCGGGGACAGGUGUUCCUAGACGCGGAAAACAUGACUGUGACGAUGCACACGAAGACCCGACUCUACUCCAAGGGCGGGUUUACGUUUUACAAUGUGACCAAUUUACGAGUAGACUUCAAAAUGGACGGCCUCAAGUCGUAUUUCUCAAACCUCUUUAACGGGAACAAACAGUUGGAGGACAGCACCAAUAAAUUUUUUAACGACAAUUGGCGCAUGCUGGCGGACGCCUUGUACACAGUCAUCACCCAGACUAUCGAGGACAUUCUACUAGAUGUCCUGAAGAAAAUAUUCCAUUUCAUUCCGGCCAACUAUUUUGUCAGCGAUAUUCCAACCCCGGAGCAGCUGUACGGAAAGGUGGCCCCUAAGCCCAAAUAA